AUGCAAAAAUUAUUUGACGAAGACGAUGAUGUUGAGGAGACGAAGCUUCAAGUAAAUAAAAAUUAUGCGAGAAACUACGAAAAAAAGUGUACGAGAGAAGAAAUACAAAAACUUACAGCUAAGUAUGGAGGUCAUUUGAAGGAUAACGGAGAUGAAGAUAGUUCCAGUUCUGAGGACGAUGAGGAUGCUCAUUUGCUGACUGACGAGAUAGACAAACAAAUCUUCAAAACUCUUGCAUAUUUAAAAAAAAAAGAUCCCAAAAUUUAUGACUCCAACGUCGAGUUCUUUCCGCCUGCAAAAGCCGAGGACGCUGAAGAAGAUGAAUCAAAUCAGAAUGAAGAAAAAAAGAAAAAGAAAAGUGAGAAAAAUGAAAAGAUGACUUUGCGUGACUAUGAACGAAAAAUCUUGGUGGAAAAUGGAGGAAUAUUCAGCGAUGAUGAAGAGAAUGAAGUAAAACCGAAAACUAAGCUACCUUACGUAGAAGAAGAACGUCAGUUGUUGGAAAGUAUAAAAAAUGUCGCCGAUAACAUAGACGACACUGAAGACGAUGAUUUGUUGAAGAAAAAAUCGAAGACUUCUGCAGAGAAAGAAGAAGAAGAAGAAGCCUACAAACUCUGGCUGCUGGGACAGCCGGCAGAAGUAGACGACGAGGAUAAGAAAGAACUAAAACCUCUCAGAGAUUAUUGGACAGAUCCAAAUCUUGACGCCAAUGAGAAAUUUUUGCGAGACUACGUUAUGGGGAACAUGUUUUCUGAGCUAGAUGACGAAGCUGAUGAUGGUGAUAAGGAAGAUGGCUACGCCGAUCGUUUGCAAGACGAUCAGGAUUUGUCUGAAGACGAGAAGCAGAUCGAGGACCAGGAGGAGUUUGAGCACAAGUAUAAUUUCAGAUUCGAAGAACCUGAUCCGGAGUUUAUUAAGCGGUAUCCGAGGACAGUAAGUGACUCUAUGAGGAAAAAAGACACCCGGAGAGCGGAGAAGAGAGCUGAGGUGAAAAAAAGGAAAGAGCAGGAAAAAUUAAAAGAAGAGGAAGAGCGAAAGAGGUACAAUGCGUUGAAACGUAAAGAAAUACUCGAUCGAUUAACAAGGCUGAGAGAUGUUACUGGCAAUAAGGAUAUUAAUAUUGAAAAGUAUGGAAAAUUCCUUGAAGAAGAUUAUGAUCCAGAGGAAUACGACAAAUUGAUGCAGAAUGAUUAUGGUGAGGAUUAUUAUAAUCAAGAUCUUGACGAAGAUGCUAAGCCGGAGUUUCCGGACAUAGAUGAAGAGCUUGAAAUAGAAAAAUCUUGGGACAAUUAUUAUCCUACUGAAGAUAACGCUCAAGAAGACACCAGCGAAGCAUACUGUGAGGAUCCUGAUUUUGUGAUGGACGCUGAUUACGAUGAUAAUAAAAAGGCUGCGGAAGAAAUCACAUUUAAAAGAAAAAGGAGGAAGAGGUCCAAGUUUGCAGAGUUAAUGGCGAAGAAAAAACAGGAAUACAAUCCUGAUAAAGAUGGCUCUUUUAAAGAAUAUAUUGUCAAGAAUUACGCAUUGGACUAUGAAGAUAAGGUUGGUGAUAAUACGUUCAGGUUCAAGUAUCGCCAAGUCACGCCAAAUGAUUACGGGUUAACUGUUGAAGAAAUUAUGAUGGCUGAUGACAAAGAAUUGAACAAGUGGUGCUCUCUGAAGAAAGCUUUGGAGUACAAGGAUGAAAAUACCGAGCAAAGGCUGGCUAGGAUUUAUAAACAAAAGAGUUUAAAUGAGAACUUUAAACGGAAAAUUCUUACCAGUUUGUACAAGCCUUUUGAGGAGGAAGUUGAUGAAGAGAUCAAGAUCAAGAAAGAGCUGGUUGUUGGAGAAAAUCCGGAUGAUGGGGAGAAAAAGAAGAAAAGGAAGAGGAAGAAAGGAAAGAAGAAUAAUGAUGGUAAAAAUGAUCAAGCUGUUGAAGGUAAAGUUAUGGAGGUGAAUGGAACUGAGACGAAUGAUAAAAAUGUAGUGAAAGGUGAGGAAGAAGUUAAAAAUAAGAAUAAGAAGAAGAAGAAGAAGUUAGUUGUUAAAGAAGAAGUUGAUGAUACAGCUGAGGUGAUUGAAAAGAAGGAUGAAGUUUUGAAUGAGAAGAAGAAAAACAAGAAGAAGGGACAAGAAAGUGAGGUUGCUAAGGUGAAAGAAGAAAAGGUGGCUAGUGAAGAAAUAAAUGUAGCGAAGGGUAAAAAGAAGAGAAAAGCGGACAAUUUGCAAAAUGGUGAAUUUGAUAUUAAAGAACCGCAAGCGAAAAAAGCUAAAGAUGGUUCUGAUGGAAAUAUAAAUAAAGGGCAGAAGAAAAAGAAGAAGAAGAAUGAGAAUAAAACAAAACCAACGAAGCCUCAUAAUCCAAUUGCUUCAUUAAGUGACGAGAGACUCAAAGCUUACGGUUUGAAUCCACGUAAAUUUAGAAAUAAAUUGAAGUAUAAUAAAAAUAAUGAAAAAUAA